AACAACCCAGGUAACCAUUAAGCAUUAUAUUUAGCACGUAAGUAGCACUUUAUGCGCCUUUAAGACAUCCUAUUUAAUGCUAACAAGCAUUAUAGUCGCCUUAAGUGCUACUUAAAAGCCGGUUUUGGCCCAAUAUACGGCUGAAUUAAUGCAAACCCCCAUCUAACAGUGACGCCCAUGACGAAUAUUGUUGACAUGAGCAAUUGACAGCUAGGUGAUGGCAUCUUGUAUGUUGUUUAACUGCUUGACAGUUAGCAUUCUAAAUGCUGAUUAAGUGCUUAAUGAAAAAAAAAAACAGAAACAGAAAAAAAAAUUAAAUAUAUGUUUUAUUUACUGAUCUGUUUCUUCCUCAUGAUCAUUUUAUGCCGUACGCAUUUCCACGAUUGUAGCUCGUCUUGUUCCAAUUCUAGUUUUAAGCUGUUUGAAGUACAAUUUUAUUACCGAAUUAUCAUUUUUAUUCUGCUGAGAUUCGAACUCACUGUCUCUACAUCCGACGUCAUAGUCCUUGUUCGUUACCACUAGGCCAUGGGUGCGAUGAAAACAAGGUUGAUUUUAGCUUAAUAUUAAGAUUCAUUAUCGCCAGCAAACAUUACAAGUUAAACAUUCAAUUUAGUUCCAUUCUCAAAAAUAUUACUUUUGUUAUAGACUAGCGUAACAGAGCAAUAAAGUUCAUGUAAUCACUUUAGCUAUACAAAGUAUAGCAAUAAAAAAAUACAUAUAUUUUUAUCUACGCGCACUCACUUCAUAUCUCUUGAAUGAAGAAAAAAUCUAGUAAUGAUCGCCGAAAAUAAAACGAUGUGAUAUUUUUAAUUAGGGCUUCUGAAAAGUUAAGCUUGAUCUUGCGAGAGCUCUCACUGUCAACAUAAACAUCGUUCGCAUUGAAAGUGACAAGUCGGCCAGCAUCUUCUCCUCGCUUGCAGUUCGGAAACGAAAAAUUAUUUUGAUUUGCUAGGAGAAUAAUUAACGAGAUAAUUGCAAGGUACCAUGGCAAAACGCGGCCCAAAAAAGCGAUCGGCAGCUGCGCUUUUUGACUCCAUUCGGACGAACGUCGAAAACGAUGCGGCUGGCAAAACAUUUUCUGAUGCUGCCGUACAAACCGAUCAAAGUGAGUUCGAGUCGGCAGCAGGUGCUAACUUAUCCGACGCAAAAUUGAACAAGUGCUUGACUCUACUCGCUCACGCGAACGCAAAACUGGAUGCUCUGGGCUCUUCCGGAUCAUCACGUUGCCAGCACGAAUGUCAGGCCAUCGGAGUUCAGAAAAUACCAAUGGAACCAGUGAAAAGUCUACGUGAACUCGAGUUGCUGGAGGAGAAUACCAAACAGAAGGAGUUUGUUGCAUCAAUGAUGGCUUCGAUUGGUCAACUACACGGUCGUAAGCGAUAUACAGGAAAAGGAGGAUCCGUGUGUCUACAGAUAGUGGACUAUUUUUUUGACCGCCAGUUUUUGCUGCAAUGCUCGUGGACCGGAACAGGGCGUAAACAUUCUGAGCAAGAACAAGUGCUCCGGAAGAUCCCGUUCAGCAAGUUCGAAAGCACGAUUAAAUUGUUUCACCAGACCGUGCUUCAGUCAGAUCCAGAAUAUUCUUUUGACGAGUGCAAGGCGUUUUUACAUCGGUGUUUGCGGAAUGCUAAGCAGCGUUUUGAGGAAAUAGGUGGAGUACGCAAACCUGCCGCACGCAAAAGGAAGCUCCGCGACGCGAACGAACAGGAAGAAGAGUACGAAGAGGAGAUCGUUGAGGAUGAAAGCGGUCAGUCAUCUCUCAUGUAUGUGGAGGAUAUUGAUCAGGUCGGAGGAAGCCGCGGAGUGUGGGAGAUCAUUGAUAUAAAGCGAUGCCGAGAGCGAUGCCAUGCUGUUGCUGGGGACGCUUGAGUGAAUUACCAUUUGUUAAAGCAAAUUCUUUUAAACAAAUCUGAAAUAUUUUGAAUUGAAUUCAUGGAUUGAUGAAAUAAAAACACGGUUUGACUUUUACUUACUGUUUUACUCUCUUACUGUUUUACAAUUAAAUCGUACACAAAGUAUGCUGUAAUGGUACAUAUACUGUUUUCUUGCCUAUGGGAAUAGCAACCAGCUUGCACAAGAUCUCUUUGAAUGAAUAUAGCCUAUUUGGUUCAAAAGUAUUGUCUGUGAAAGUGCAAAGUACAUUAAGGUCGAACGACUUCAGCGGGCUUUUAAACUGCGGCUCUGUAUUUUUCAGUGCUUUUCCUAACACUCCUUUGACGCUUGCACUAAUCAUUGCAAUAAUUUUCUUGUUUUUAGAAAGAAACCACAUGUCAGCAAAGUUGUUUUGUAAUGUGAAUCCUUACGAUAAUGUGACUCGAGAGAAUUGCAUCGUAUCUUC